UCCGCGUGACAUUCCCAUUUUUCUCAUUUGUGGUUGUGUCCGCCAUUACAAUUUGGAGUUAGCAUAAAAUUGGUCAUUAGUGUGUGAACACGCGGCGUGCGCGUUAUCAGUGACAUUAGUAUAGCGGCAGUGCGUAGUAUCGCAGCGUUUUGUUGAAACAAAGAGAAGCAACGUUCAAUCGUAUGUCCAUCCAGAAUCUGAACACAUUUGAUCCAUUCGCCGAUGCUAUCAAAAGCUCGGAGGACGACGUGCAAGAUGGUCUAGUGCACGUCCGGAUCCAGCAGCGUAACGGGCGCAAGACGCUUACCACGGUGCAAGGCCUCUCGUCGGAAUAUGACCUGAAGAAGAUCGUGCGGGCAUGCAAGAAGGAGUUCGCCUGCAACGGAACGGUGGUGGAGCACUCGGAGUACGGCGAGGUGCUGCAAUUGCAGGGCGACCAGCGCGAAAAUAUUUGCCAGUGGCUGAUUAAGUCGGGCCUGGUGAAGCCCGAACAGCUGAAGGUGCACGGCUUCUAGGCCGGCGGAGCAUACCAUGCACUCACCACAUACUAUGAGAGAUUGCGCGUUGUAAACUUGUCGAUUAUGUACCUAGAGAGCACAGACGUCUACAGAGAAGAGCGGGAGCGGCCACAACGGCCGCUCGCGCCCCGUGCCUUGCGACUCCCCCGUGUAAAAUAUAUAUUUUAUGUAUAUCGUGCGAGUGUCGACGCCGUCUCACGUCUUUAGUUGCAAAUAAACGCCGAACGAAAUAGUUAAUCGCUUUUUGUUUUGUACGACAUUGUAUUUUUAAAUUGCUGUAAUUCAAUUAAUAAAUAUCAUGUUUCUGUA